UUUGACUUGGAGCAUGCACGGAGCCACCCACUCGCCAUUGUUCCUCCUUCCAUCCGCCGCCUCCUCUGUCCACCCUGUCCACAGCUUAUCCAGGAAGGCACAGCCAAGAACCCAGCGUCACUCACCAGCAACCAAGCUUGCGAGGCGAUUAAAGGAGCAGAGGACUUGUUCUUCCCGGAGAAGGUAGCUCACUCGCGCGGAUCCGAUCUCACAAUGUUCAGUGGUUGCGGUCUCUUCUCUCUCGCCCGCCGGGGCCGUGGCGACCUCAGGAAGCGCGGGGAGAUGGGCGGGGCGAGCUCGCGAGUUGCGCCGGCCGAGCCAGUGGAGGCGGAGGAGCAGGGCGGCGGCGCGGCGAGGCAGCUGGCGUGGGCCGAGGUGGAGGCCGCCACGCGCGGGUUCUCGUCCCGCGUGGUCGGCCGCGGCGGGUUCAGCACGGUGUACCUCGCCUCGCUCCCCUCCUCGCGGCUCGGCGCCGUCAAGGUCAGCUGCAGCAGCGAGCGCCUGCACCGCGCGUUCCGCCGGGAGCUCGAGGUGCUCCUCUCGCUCCGCCACCCGUACGUCGUCCGCCUCCUCGGCUACUGCGACGAGCGCGACGAGGGCGUGCUGGUGUUCGAGUACGCGCCCAACGGCGACCUCCACGAGAGGCUCCACGGCGACGGCGACGGCGCGGCCGGCGCCUUCCCCUGGGAGCGGCGCGUUGCGGUCGCGCUCCAGGUGGCCGCGGCGCUGGAGUACCUCCACGAGGGCCGCGACCAGGCCGUCAUCCACGGGGACAUCAAGGCCUCCAACGUGCUCCUCGAUGCCAACCUCAACGCCAAGCUCUGCGACUUCGGGUUCGCGCACGUCGGUGUCUCGGCCACGGUGGGCGGCGGCGGACGCCCCUCGGCGCGCGCCGUCAUGGGCUCCCCGGGCUACGUCGACCCCCACCUCCUCCGCUCCGGCGUGGCCACCAAGAAGAGCGACGUGUACAGCUUUGGCGUGCUGCUGCUCGAGCUCCUGACGGGGAAGGAGGCCGUCUGCCGCGAGACCGGGCACCGGCUCACGGCCGCGGUGGGGCCAAAGGUCAGCGGCGGUAAAGUUUCGGACGUGAUGGACCAGAGGCUUGGCGCCGAGUACGACGCCGCGGAGUCCGCCGCCGUGGCGGAGCUCGCCAUGCAGUGCGUGAGCGACCGCCCAGAGUUCCGGCCGUCCAUGGCCGACGUGGUGCGCGUGCUCCAGCAGGAGAAGACAGCCGCCGCUGGAUCGAAAUCGGACCGCAAGAUGAUGUCCUAAGUUGGAUUGCAUGGCGUAGAUUGUAAAUAGUCCUUGUUGGUGCUAGAAUUAUGUCUAGGGUAGUUAGGAGAAGAAUUUGCCUAGUGAGAUGAGGUAGAAAAAAAAAUUGAAGCUUGUAGAUCACUAGGUCUGAUAGAAAAUUUUGUCAUGCCAUGGCGUGUUUGUUGAACCGAAGACAUCGUGGUACUGUUUCAUUUAUCAAUUUGCAGUGUUGCCUUGUUGUUA